AUACAUCGCCAAAGAAGAAACUGACCCCAGUGCAGAAAUCUGUUAGUCCAUUAGUAUGGUGCAGACAGGUACUGGAUUACCCAAGUCCUGAUAUAGAAUGUGCUAAAAAAUCACUGAUCCAUAGACUUGAGCAGACCAUGUCGGCAGUCCUCAAGAGGCAGAGUUUGUACAGUAAUCCUUUCAGUGUGGUCAGUUACACAAGCCCUUAUAGUCCCAACGCUAGUAGCCCCUACAGUAGUGGCUUCAACUCGCCUUCCUCAACGCCAGUGAAAUCUGCUUUAAUGAAACAGCUCGUACCUUCUGGUAGCUCAGGUCAUUUUAAAAGUUCAGCAGAUAGAAAUCCUCCACUAAGCCCACAGUCCUCUAUAGACAGUGAAUUAAGUGCUUCGGAAAUGGAUGAAGACUCAAUUGGAUCUAAUUACAAGCUAAAUGAUGUUACAGAUGUGCAAAUUCUAGCUCGGAUGCAGGAAGAAAGUCUUCGACAAGAAUAUGCAGCUACUGCUUCUCGACGUAGUUCUGGUUCCUCUUGCAAUUCUAUGAGACGGGGUACAUUUAGUGAUCAGGAACUUGAUGCACAAAGUUUAGAGGAUGAAGAAGAUGGUACACAUCAUACAGUACAUCCUGCCGUAAAUAGGUUUUCACCCUCACCGCGCACUUCUCCGUGGCCUUCACCGAAACAAUCUCCAAGGAAUUCCCCUCGUUCUCGAUCACCUGCUCGAAGCAUAGAAUACAGUAGAGCGUCACCCCAGCCCAUGAUUAGCCGCUUGCAGCAACCUCGUCUUUCACUUCAAGGCCAUCCUACAGAUCUGCAGACUAGCAGUGUCAAAAGCGAAGAAAAACUAAGACGUAGUCUUCCAAACCUGUCCAGGACAUCUAACAUCCAAGCUGAGUCUGUGAAAAACAGCAGAAGUGACUCAAGCUUUCAAGUGCCAAAUGGAGGAAUACCUCGCAUUCAACCUCAAGCCUCAGCCACUCUGCAAAGGCAGAAAAUUAUGCCUCGUGCUGCCUUCAAAACCAAACAGUUCCUUCAAACUCCAUCUACAAAAGGAGUACCUUCUCCAAGUAAAUUCCGCUCCCCUGCAGCUCCAUCGCCUCUGGCUCUCCGGCAGCCAGUGAAAGCAUUUAGUAACCAUGGACAUGGUUCUGCUGCUGCUCCAGAAGCUGUGCAGCUGAUACAAAGCAGUUCCUCGCCGGGACCUCUUGCAGCUCAGAAUCCAGGCUCUCCAGUCCCUGCCAGCAGUGUUAAUAGUACUACUCUAACUAGACCAGCAGGGGCAACAGGGAUGCGGAGUGGCUUACCCAGACCCAGUGCCCCUUCUGCUGGGGGCAUACCAGUGCCUCGCAGCAAACUUGCACAGCCUGUUCGCAGAUCAUUGCCGGCUCCCAAAACCUAUGGCAACGUGAAAGAUGAGAGUUGGAAAGAAGGCUGCUACUGAACUGCAAAGCUUAAAAAUGCAAAGUUCCAGUGCUUAAUGGAUACUACUUCACCAGGCUAAAAAACAGCUUGAUAUGCAGACUGUUCAGACAUGACAUUCGGGAUUUGUAAAAUCCCAGACCUCUCUGUCUUUUAAUUAGCACAAAUUGGCAGAGAUUAUAAAGCAGCACUUUAAUGACAUUUAACAUCAGAUAUUUGAUGAUCAUACAAUCACUUUUACGUGAAAUCGUUAUUAGUUCUGGGGUUUUUUCUUGCUUGCUUAAAAGGUAUCAAUUUGAGCAUUUAUGACAAUGGCCAAUGUCUGGGCAAAAACCUAACUAAUGCCAAAGAAAUGCCCAUCUUGAAAAACAGCAAGGAAAACAGCAAACUCAAACUGUCCAAAACUUCAUUUUCAGUCAGAUUUUUAAUUCAGCAGAAUGAUUCAUUGGUGAAUAUGUACUAUUGAAACAUUAACAUGUUAAUCAGAGCUAACAUUCUGAUUGCAAUUAGCUACAGUCGUAGUUAAACACUGCUUUAAACAAUUGCAGGAGAUUCUGGUCAGGAAAGUGGUACAUAUCCUUCAGAAAGCAGUUCACUGGAGACAGUAAAUCGUAGUCACGGCAUUUUUUUAUCAUUAAAGGUUUGAAUGUAGCAGACAUACAGAAACUCGGAUGGUAUAGGCAGCAUCCUUUUAUGUUUGACGUAUCAGUUUUAUGUACUCUGAUGUUUUGAUUGCCAAAAGGGCUUAGUAUCAGUUGUACAAUCUUUCUAAACCUUAUAGUUCCUGGCUCAGGAAGGAUGGCCUUUGCUAUUGCAGCCACAUUUUUAACACACGGCUCAUUAUUUGAGAGAACUUUUUAUAGCAGGUUUCCUUAAAAGGAAAGCAAGCAGUACUAUCCAUUUGUUAUAAUAUCACACCGCAUUGCUUAUAGCCUGGAACGCAACUUUACGUGCUAAUAGCAGGAAACACAACUAUGCACUUGUAACAUACAAAUUCUAAGGUAAUGAGUUGUACUGUUGAUGCCAAAUGAUAUUCAUUUAGGUAAUGUUUCACCGUAUGAGGGAGUUUUUGGUAUCCUAUUUUUUUACUUUCAUCCAUUUCUUAAAUUGGUUUAUUUUAAAUUGUAAAUAUUUUUGCAGAGGAUAUUGCCCAUGUUAGUAUGUUAAAUAUGUACUUUGCCUUACAUAUCUGUAUCUUGCAUUCAUGGUAACAGUAUGAAACCUGCUACAUAUGUUUACAAGUUAUUAAAUCCCUCUAGUGGCUCUUGGACUUUUACCUGUCAACAUUUAUAUUAAACCUACUUUUGUUGGCCAUCAGGCCAGCACUCAACAAAUUAAUCUGUUACAACAGCAUCCAAACAACUAUUUUCUAUUUUCAAAAUUUGUCAUGUAAAGAUUGAAAAUGUAAUUGAGUGGGGUCAGUUCAACAGGAAGCAUUUUGUAUUUGUGUGUGGAACCUUUUGAGGCCAAGAUUUUUGUAUGCAUAGUUUACAGCAAUGGCAAACUACACACUGAAGCAACAUGAAGGUACCCAGUGUGCAGUGACUGAAGAAUACUACAUUUUUGUUGGAUUCGAUGGUAGGUAGCCCUUAGCCCCUUUAACAAUUCACAGUGCCACCCUUGAUGCAUGUUGACUCCCACCACAAAGAGGAUAAUUUAUCCUGAAGUUCUGGAGCAAUCUGGAAUUUCAGGCAAGUGUUAACAUAUAUUACUGGAUGAAAAGCCAUGCAACACUACUUGAGUUGGAAAAAGCCAAACAGAAUUCGGUUCCACCUGCAGGCAGAUCUUAUACCAGUAAUUAAAUGACUUAAUACCUUAUGAGGCUAAGAGCCAUUGUCUUUAGUGUGAUUAAUCUUUGAAGUCAGGGCAUCAAAUAUAUUGUAAUUUAAAUAGGAAAACUGCAGCAGGGGUUAUUAUUAGAUCAGUACAUACCAGUAAUCUAGCCUUUGGGCCAUUUACUGACACACAAAAUGUUUUUCAGCUAGUGGGUAUUUCAUGUAACUGCUAGGCGGACUAGAGGACUGGGUCAAAACUCCACCCUCGCUGACGAAGCCAAACUUCAUUUAAAAUGCUGCAGUCUUCAGUAACGCCUAAAAGGAAUUUCAAUUGGUGAUCUUUAUUAUGAAAAUCAAAUUGAUAUUUUUAGUUUUGAAAAUCAGAACAUUUUACAUGAAGAUAUUCAGGUUUAAUUUUUUUAACAAGGCUCCAUCAAAGUAUUGUGUACAUUAUUUAUUUUUUAAAUUUCAGCAAAUAACUCCACAACUUAAAUAUGUUGAACUUAAGUUCUGUAAGCCUCAUUUUACCCGCUGUUCUUGUCCCACAGAAAUAUAGUUAACAAUUUCCUGAAAAAAGAAACUGUGUUUACUAGGAAGCCUUUGUGCAUUACCGGUUAUCAAUAUCAGGAAAUCUUGAGGCUCUGUGUUUAGAGAUUUUGCAGAUGUGUGGAAAUAUGGAUUUGAUAAACUAGUGCCUAUGAUUUACUUAACUUAUGUUUGAUAUAGUAGUAAGGGUUUUAUGAAUGUGGAUUAAUUUUUGUGCCAACAGCUCGGACUUGUCGUAUGUAUGUAGCAGAAAGACUUAUUCUGCUUCCAAAGUUAUUUAAUUUUUCUGUGUUUGAAUGUUUUUGUAAGUGUUAAAAGUGUAAAAAGAAAAAUAUAAAUAUUCUUACCACAGAUA